AUGAAAGAGCUCUUGUCCAAUAAGAAGAAGCUUAGUGAUAUGGAAACUAUUGCACUCACAGAAGGCUGUAGUGCUGUUUUGACAAAUAAGUUGCCCCCCAAAAUGAAUGAUCUUAGGAGCUUUACUAUCCCAUGUUCAAUUGGCAACCAUUAUUUAGGCAAGGCUUUAUGCGACAUGGGAGCUAGCAUCAACCUAAUGCAACUAUCUACUUUCAAAAAGUUGGGAAUUGGUCAUAUGGAACCUACUACAGUGACAUUGCAACUAGUUGAUCGAUCCUUGGCUCAACCUGAAAGGCAAAUCAAAGAUAUCUUAGUUCAUGUGGAUAAACUUGUUUUUUCGGCCGAUUUUAUCAUACUUGAUUACGAGGUAGACAAGGAGGUUCUUAUAAUCUUGGGACGACCAAUUUUAGCCACCGGACGAAAUCUUAUUGGUGUUUACAAAUGUGUACUAACCAUGCGACUUAAUAAGGAGCACGUUACCUUUAGUGUUUUCAAAUCUAUUCAAUGCAAGGAUAAAGAACAAUACCAUACUAUCGAUGUGCUAGAUAAUCUAAUUAAGGAAGAAUUCAAUGACCAAAGCACAAUACUUUCUGAGGAGUUUGCAGUGACAUCUAAUGAUGAAUUAUUAGAUAAUUGUGACAACAUGGUUGAAGUUAAUAAUAUUAAACUCAGGCAUGGAUGGCAGAUUAAAUCCUUAGACUUAGCCAACAGAACAGCUCCAAUUUUCAAGCCAUCUAUUGACAAAGCUCCUCCUCUGGAAUUCAAACCACUACCUACUCAUAUUAAAUACGUCUUUAUUGGUGAUAACAAUACUUUCCCAGUUAUUGUCUCCGCAACAAUGGAUGCAAAUCAAGAAGAGAAAUUGGUUCAUAUUCUUCAGCAACAUAAACAAGAUGUUGCUUGCAGUAUUACUGAUAUUCAAGAAUUAGUCUAUCUUUUUACAUGCACAAGAUCAAGUUGA